CCAAUUUAAUAAUCUUUCCGUUCUGUGGCUAUUUCCUUGUUAAAUUGAAGCAAUGAAAAUUUGCCGCAUAAAAUUGAUUAAAAUACACUCAGAUAAACCUUGAAAAGCAACUGCCAACUUUAGCAUAAAAGGUCAUUUAAAGUCAAUUUACAGACUCAAUCAAAUUGGUUUGAGUAAAAUUCAAAAUUGAGCAACAGCUGACUGAAUAUAAAUUGUUAAAACAUUUACAAUCUGACAAACGGUAACCAUGGUUUUGCCAAAAGUUGAUGUCAACAAAACAAAUAACUUGGAAUUCAUUGUUCGUUAUUUAUGAUUAAAAUUGAUUCUAAUUGUCAUUACAAUGUUAUCCGAUAAAGAAGUCCUGAUUCGGAGUACCAUUCAUUAUUAUUGUCUUCAUGGAUUUAACCGAAUGAUGGCCAACACUGCUUUAGAAGGGAUUCGAGUAUUUCCGUCUGACCAUAAAUUUAGACUUUAUUAUGGAAUCUCAUUGCUUUUGGAAGCUCGUUACCAGGAAGCAAUCAGAGAGCUCGAUAAUAUUCAAGAAGAUCAAAAUUUGGUGUUGGCAUCUUUACUAGCUCUUAUCCAUGCACAUAAAGCUUGUAAAUCACUGGAUCGAGAGGAAAUCAGUAAACUUGAAGGGAAAUUGCGCGAUCAACGCAAACAAGCAAAAGAAGUGGCGCUUUACUUUGCUGGACUUUACCUUCUUUUUGUCGGUAGAUUUGAUAAAUCUCGUGAAUAUCUGGAUCGAAUGUUGAAAUUGAAUAACAAUUUACGAGAAGCUUCAAAUGUUCUUGGUUGGCUUGAACUACUUUCAGGUGGUGAUAAAUCAACUUCUCAGGCAGCUCAGUUUUUCGAUAAAGGAGUUAAACUUAAUGAUCCAGAAGCUAUUCUUGGUAAAUCAAAAUGUCUUGAACGAAGUGGUUCCUAUUGGAGAGCAAUUGAACAAUUAAACCAAAUGAUUGUUUUACAGCCAUCCUUUAUCCCAGCUUUUAUUGAAAAGAUGAAAUUACAAGUUGCUCUUAAAGAUUGGGAACAAGCUAUUGAUACGGCAGGACGAAUAUUGACCCUUGAUAGACACUGUAUUGAAGCACAUCGAUAUCUAAUCAUUUAUGAUUUAGUUUGGGAAGGCAAUGAAGCUUCAGCUUCAUCAAGGUUUGAUGAUUUAAUAUCAUCAUUAGAAAUAAGAGAACCCAAAAAUGGUACAUUGCUCUAUGAGACUGGAAAAUUAAUUUCAAGAUUGGCUUUCAACAAAAAACGGAUUAUUGAGCAAACUUAUUCAAUGGUUGAAAAGGCUACUUUUUUGGAACCAAAUCGUAUUGAAUAUGUUCUAGAGUUGGGCCAUCAAUGUCUAAUCAUAAAUAGAUUGGUGGAUGCUAAGCGACAUUUUACGACUGUUACUAGAGCUGAUGAGGCAAAUUUAGCUGCAGCACUAGGAGUACUUCAUUGUGCUAUUAUUGAGGAUCCAGUUAAAGCUGCUGAUCAGGUUGAGGCGAUGGAAGAACUUCAUAAGUCGACGGGAAUGAAUCAUGAUUUGAUGUAUUUGUGUUGCCUUUGGAAUCGAAAGAUGGGACGAAAUCAUGAUCAAACUAACCAAUACUUGAUCCAAAUUAUUGACGAUCGGUUGUAUAGUCUCAAAUCUUUUUCAUUAGGAUUGAAAUAUUACCUCCGAUUGGAUCCACAGUUUUGCUUGAAUGUUGUCCAACUUUGUUUUGGUGAUCUGCCGUUCGAACCAGGAGUCAAGGGUCAAUCUUUACCAGCAAAUUUGUCCAAAGCCAAGGAUUUACUUGGUGUAUUAAUCUCUAAUUGUCCAGGUCUAACUGGAUCCUUGUAUAAUAUGGCUCGUGUUAAUUAUUUUACUGGUGAUUUAAGAGCUGCUCUAUGUUAUCUGGAUAAAGCAGUUGAUCAUGAGCCUACAUUCAUUGAUGGCCAUUUGCUUAAAGCUAAAAUAUUGGCUUAUCAAGGAAAUUACCAAAAAGCUAGUCAAACAUUGGACAUUGCGAUGGGUCACAAUUUUGAGAUUCGAGAUAAACUGGAUUAUAUAAUGGUUAAAAUAAGCAUUUUGAAACAUCAAAAGGAAUAUGAUGAAUGCUUGAAAAUUUUGCAUAACUUGAUCGACAGCAGUCUUGCUAAAACAUCAAAAUUGGGUCUUGAUUGGAAUUCAAAAGUCACGAUUGAAUUGGAAAUGGUCAAUAUUUAUAUUCUGCAAAGCGAAAAUGGAAUCGCAUCGGACUUGUUGGACAAAUUAUCAAAAAAUUGUAUCGGAACUCCAGAGGAAAGUAAAAUACUAAUAAUCAAAGCAUCUUUAGCACAAAGUCGAGGCAAUGUUGAGGAAGCUUUAUCCAUUUUAAGAGAAGUUUCUCCAAUUUAUGGACGAGAUUUCAUUAGGUCGCGAGAAAUAAUGGCUUCACUUUAUCUCAAACAUCGUCGUGAUCGUCGUUUAUACAUAAGCUGUUAUAAAGACAUUCUUGACAAGUAUAACGAUCCACAAUCAUAUUUAAUGUUAGGAGACGCUUACAUGAACAUUCUUGAGCCAGAGAAAGCUGUGGAAAUUUAUGAACAAGCAUUAAAAAAGAAUCCCAAAAAUGGAUUGCUUACGAGACGAGUUGGCCAGGCUUUGAUCAAAACACAUUUAUUUGAAAAGGCAAUCACGUAUUAUAAAGCAGCUUUGAAAUCGAGUCCUGAAAAUGAUCUUAGAUUUGAUUUGGCGACAUUAUUGUACAAAAUGAAACGUUACCCUGAAGCAUUAGACUUGAUAAUGUCUGCAUUGGAAGCAUCAAACAAUGAAUCUGGUUCAAAUCAAGAUUUGACGAAUCUUGAAUGGGAAGCUAAAAUGUUGAAUCUCUUGGCUCAAAUUCAACUGCAAACGUCAAAAAAAGAUGUUGGAAUUGAAACUUUACAAAAAUCUCACAACAUGUAUUUAAAAGUUUUAAGGCGCAUAUCAGCUGAAAGGCCGGAUUCAGAGAUCGAAAUCAAGAAAGCGUCCAUUGAGAUUAGUUUACAAUUGGCUGGUUUAAUAAUGACUCAUCUUCGAGACUCAAAAAGGGCUGUACAAAUUUACAAAGAAGCUCUCGGUUAUCACUCAGAUAAUGUCACGAUCUUAACUGCUUUGGAACGUUUAUAUGUUGCUGAUGAUAAUCUUGAGGAGGCUCGAAAAUAUUCAACUUUAAUCUUGAAAAACGCACCAAAUGAUAAAGAUUCCUUAUUGAUGACGGCUGAUUUAAUGUUCAGACGCAAUGAUUUUGAAGGAGCCUUGUCACAUUUUCAACAAUUGAUGGAUAACUUGAAAAAUUAUUAUCCAGCUUUAGCUCGACUUAUUGAAGCUGCUCGUAGAGUUGGUAAACUGGACAUUGCUCACAAUUAUAUUAAUAAGGUGGCUGAAUCGACUCCAAGAGCUUCAUCAGAAAGUGGAUUCAAUUAUUGUAAAGGUCUUGCUAGUUGGUAUUCCGGUGAUAUCAAUCAAGCUAUUAAAUGUUUUAAUCGUUCACGAUCAGAUCCAGAAUUUGGAUUAAUGGCUUCUUUUCAUAUGAUUGAGAUAUUUAUCAAUCCAGAGCGAGGCACAAUUGGUGGUGAAACAUUUGAAUCCGUCAACUCAAGUUUAACAAGUUUAGAAACAAUGAAUGCUCAAGACGCUGCCAUUAAAACGGCCUCAAAGCUAUUAGGAGAGAUUCGUGAUGUUGCCUCAGAUGAUGUUGAUUACUUAUUGAUGUGUAAUUUCGUGUUACUUGCUCGUAAACAAAAGACGGACGCAGAAAUUGCCUUAUCAGAAUUUGCUCGGAUUCUUAAUGAUCCAAGAUAUAAAGAUCAUCCAGGAGCAUUGCUUGGUGUGGCUAGCAGCUAUAUAAUAAUGAAGCAAACUCAAAAAGCUCGAACUCAUCUUAAAAAGGUUACCAAAAUUGAUUGGUCCUAUUCGGAAGCAGAAUAUCUGGAAAGAUGUUGGCUUUUGUUAGCUGAUAUUUAUAUUCAAUCAGGAAAAUUUGAACCAGCUCAAGAAUUAUUGAAACGUGUCUUACAAUAUAAUCGAUCAUGUGUUAAAGCCUAUGAAUACUAUGGUUUCAUUAUGGAUAAAAGUCAAAGCUUUAAAGAAGCAAUUUACAAUUAUGAAAUGGCUUGGAAAAUUUUCGGAGCCAAUUAUGCUUCAGUUGGCUUUAAAUUAGCUCAUGAUUAUAUGAAAGUUAAAAGGUAUGCUGAUGCUAUUGACGUGGCGCAGUCUAUACUUGAAGUUUAUCCAGAUUAUCCCAGAAUAAGGAAAGAUAUUAUUGAAAAGGCCAGAGUUCAUCUCAAGAAUUGAACCAUCACCAAAGCAAAGGAUACGAAAAUAACAGCAUCUCUAAAUUAAAGUUUAUGUAAUUCACGAAUCUCAACAAAUAUUUUUCCUCACAGCUUUAACAGAUACAAUUCAGUAAAAAUGACUGAAACUAAUCAUUUGUAUUUAAAAUGCAAAGUAAAUCUAGAAUUUACCAAGUUCA